AUGGUGAGAAGAAGAGUGGAUCUCCGCUCGGACACUGUAACAAAACCAACCGAGAGCAUGCGUGCGGCCAUGGCCAGUGCCGAGGUGGACGACGACGUAUUAGGCAACGAUCCGACAGCCGCUCGUCUGGAAAAACGGAUGGCGGGGAUAAUGGGCAAGGAGGCGGCUUUAUUUGUGCCCUCGGGCACUAUGGCAAACCUAAUAUGUGUUCUCACGCAUUGCCAGAUGAGGGGCAGUGAGGUCAUUCUCGGAGAUUACUCCCAUAUUCAUAUCUAUGAAAACGGAGGCAUCUCUACUAUAGGGGGCGUUCAUCCGAGGACUGUCGAGAACAACGACGACGGGACAAUGGACAUUGACCUUAUUGAAGGAGCUAUAAGAGAUCCUAGCUUCGAAAUAUGUUAUCCCACUACAAGGCUCAUUUGCUUGGAGAAUUCACAUGCACAUUCUGGUGGAAGAUGCCUGUCUGCUGAGUACACAGACCGAGUUGGAGAGCUAGCAAAGAAGUAUGGGUUAAAGCUUCACAUUGAUGGGGCUCGCAUCUUUAAUGCAUCUGUGGCUCUCGGAGUACCUGUUCACAGGCUUGUACAGGCUGCUGAUUCGGUCACGGCUUGCCUGUCAAAAGGUCUUGGUGCUCCAGCUGGCACUAUCAUUGCAGGUUCAGAAACUUUCAUUGCCAAGGCCAAGAUUCUUAGGAAGACAUUAGGUGGUGCUAUGAGGCAGAUUGGUGUUUUAUGUGCUGCUGCUUUGAUUGCUUUGGAUGAAAAUGUUGACAAGCUAGCAAGUGAUCAUAAGAAGGCUAAGAUUUUGGCAGGGGGGCUUAACAAUAUCAAGGGAUUGAAAGUUGAUUUGCUGUCUGUAGAGACCAAUAUUGUCUACUUUGAUAUACUAGAGGACUUGAAUAUCACAGAACUGAUCAAAAAUCUCGAAGCACAUGGAGUGCUUGUGAUGGCAGAAGGUUUGCGCAAAUUGAGGCUGGUAAUUCACCAUCAGAUAUCAGAAAACGACGUGCAUUAUACACUUUCUUGCAUACAGAAAUUUAUGGCGGGCCACCGUGGUGAAAAUGGUGGCAUUUGA